AUGUCGAACCCUUUGCACACUCGGCAUCAGCCGCAAUGGGUUCUCUCCGAGUCUCUUGAUUUCCUCUCAUGGUUACCGGCCAAAUCUUUACUUCGAUUUCGUUGUAUAUGCAAAACAUGGAAGGCAAUGAUCUCUGAACCUUAUUUCAUCAGACAACACCUCAGCCGCAUCGACACCAAAAGCAACAGCAGCUACUCCCUCCUUGUUAAGGAGAUCUCCAUCUGCCGAUCCAUAGGCUGCGGAGAAAUAUUCAAGUGUUCGACUCCAAGCACAGAGCUUGAUUUCCCGCUACUUGAUCCAUUGUAUGAAUUUUACUUCAUUGAUAUCAUUGGUUCUUGCAAUGGCUUGGUAUGUUUGCUACUUGAUUUCAUAACCACCACUAUUAUGUUAUGGAAUCCUUGCACUAGAGAAUCCAAGGUGUUACCACAACCUCCUAUUGAGAAUCUCCCAAAGUUUUUUGGUUUCGGUUAUGAUUCCACAACUGAUGAUUACAAGGUGAUAGUGGGAAGUUUUCCUCCUACUUCCGGUUAUGAAUAUGUUGUUGUUGCUUUUACUCUAAAAUCGGGUUCAUGGAGGAAGCUUCAUAGCCUCAACCAGAAUGUUAGGGUGGUCGGGCAUGGCUGUUUUGUAAACGAAACUCUACAUUGGGUUCUAACAAGUGAAAGGGAUGAGGAAGGUAGGGUGACUGCUUACAAGUUAGUCUCAUUCAACUUGGCUGAGGAGAAAUUUCAUGAGAUUGCAUCCCCAUAUUCUAUUGACGCACAUGAGAGCUGGUUAACAAAUGGUUUCUUGGACCAGGUGAUAGACUGGGUUCCAGGAUUCAAAUCUAUACGUUUAAGGGAUAUCCCAAACAAUUUUAUAACAACAAAUCCCAAUGACAUUCAUUGGAACUUUUGCUUGCAAGCAAUUGAAAGAGUUGGUGAAGCUUCUGCUAUCAUUCUUUAUACUUUUGAUGCUUUGGAGUCACAUGUUUUGGAAGCUUUCUCUUCAUCUAUGCUUGUUUAUGCGAUUGGCCCUCUCCAACUACUUCUCAAUCAAUUACCAGAAGAUGACCCUUCCAAGCAUAUUAGCUACAGUCUAUGGAAAGAAGAAACUGAGUGCCUCAAAUGGCUAAACUCCAAGGCACCAAACUCGGUUUUGUAUGUGAACUUUGGUAGUAUAGUAAAUUUGACACCUAAACAUCUUGUCGAAUAUGGAUGGGGACUAGCGAAUUCCCAGCUGCCAUUCUUGUGGGUGAUAAGGCCUGAUUUAGUUGUUGGUGAAUCAGCAAUUUUUCCACCAGAGUUUGUGGCCAACACUAAAGAUAGAGGUCUAGUAUCAAGAUGGUGUCCACAAGAGGAAGUGCUUAACCACCCAUCAGUUGGCGGGUUUUUGACGCACAGCGGCUGGAAUUCAACCAUAGAGAGCGUGGCGGCAGUGCCAAUGCUUUGUUGGCCACUCUUUGGUGACCAGCAAACAAGUUGUUAUUAUAAUUGUAAUGAACGGGGUAUUGGGAUGGAGAUGAGUAGUGAUGUGAAGAGAGAUGAAGUAGAGAGGCUUGUUAAAGAGUUCAUGGAGGGAGAGAAGGGUGAGAAAAUGAGACAUACGGCCAUGGAGUGGAAGAAACAUGCUGAAGAAGCAACUGCUCCAAAUGGUUCUUCGUCCAAAAACUUGGAUGAUUUAGUGAAUCAAGUUCUACUGUACGAAACUGCUCUAUGCUACAUUGCUACUUAA